GUAGCUCUAACAGGAAGCCACUUUACAAAGUAAAACAUUUUAAAUUUUUUUAUUUUGUAAAAUCUGAAUAGAUUAAUCUUUCUGAUGUUACACCAGAGCUGAACAUUAGAUCUGCACUUGUAGAAUUUUAUAUUGUGUAGUCAAACAUAACACUACACACAAUACUGCCUAACUUCUGCUAGAAUAUGUUUAUUCUGAGGGUGGAUUGAGGUGCUAAUAUUUGUCUUACUAAAUAUUAUUAGUUAGUUCAUGUUCAAACAGCAAAAAGCAAGUGUUCGUUCCUGCUACCCCAGUUAUAAAAUAAUUUGUUCAAUUGCUUGGUUAAGGGAAAUGUAUUGUUGCACAAUGGGAAAGGGUGCAGUGUAUUUUCAUUUCUUAUAGACUAUCUUUGAAAGCAUCUACAUCAUGGUAAACAAAAGAGAACAAUAAAUAUGUUCUUAUGUAUAUGCAGGAAUUUCCCCCUACAGUAUUUUAGCUUAAAACUUCCUCAUACAUUUUCUUAUUCAAUAAAUCCUUCUUGUAAAUUCAAGUUAUCUAAAUAAACUUGUAUAGUGUGCUUAACACUGAUUGUUAUACUGACAGUAACUUGCUCAUUUACAACAUGUUGUAAAAGACGGCUGUCAAAGAGUUUCUUUAGUUCUUUGACAUUUAUAUAUUACUGUGACAAGGAGGAGGGCAUGGCCAGGCCAUGAGUGUGCACGGCGCCUAAUCAGUGGGAGAGAGAGAUAAAGAUGAGUCGGAGAAGCCAGUUUGAGAGAGAGACAGACACACGCGGCCGCUGUGUGCGUCUGUCUAUGUGUUUUAUGUUGUUUUAAGUUGAGUUUAUGUCAUUAAAGUUUACGUUGACGGUUCUGCCAGUUCCUGCCUCCUCCUUGUCCAUCCCUUACCCAUUACAGAUAAUAAUGCUUAUUAGUUUUAUUUAUACAUGUUAAACAUUUUUAUGAAAUCGUUAGCAAAUGGCAAGCAAACCAAGCUUUUAUGUUGAGAAGCUUUCUCUUAGAAAAGUAUUUGUCUAUACUUGAGAAGUUUCUGGAUGUUUGGCCCAACAGAGUGCACUUUGAAUAGAUUAAAUGUGAAACAACACAAGAACCAUCCCAGCCAACAUGUCCAAUUGGGCCCCACAUGGGAUUUAAGUGGGUUAUGUGGGCACCAUCUGGGCAUGGGGUAAGAUUGGACACUUUGAUGGGCUGAAUGUGGGCCCCAGUUAGGCUGCCCAAUAUUGUUUUUUUGAGGGUCCUGUUUGGGCCCCAUUUGGGCUAUAGCCUAUUGUAAGACUUCUCAGUGGAAGGAGGCGAGAAGCAGAUUUCCUGGUUCAGGUAAGCGUUUUAUUCUCCUUACUACAGCAAAUACACACGUUCAGGGCUCUUGCACUGUUCAAUGAUUAACUCCCAAAAAUACACAAACUACUUAAAAAUAUACUCUUGAACUAAUAAACUCAUGGCUUCACAAUUGGCUGGCUGGCUGGCUCUCUCGUCUAUCUGCUGUGUGGCUCUAUUUAUGCUGCUCUCCCCAUGCUCACUGAAAUUAGAGACAGGUGUUAGACAUAAUUUAACUCAGGUGUAAGCGCCCAUACCGCUUUCUCUCUUCCGGAGAGAUGCUUGACCACGCCCCCGCUGCCACGCCUAUAUAUAAAUUACUUACUUGUUGUUUGUAUUUGCUGAUGAUUUAAUUUAAUAGGUACAACUGACUGAUGCAUUUUCAAUUAAUUUGUUAACUUAAUAUGGUUAAAAGAAUAUGAAAUUCUGUGCGUUAUUAAAUUGUUUGUGUAUACUGUAGAUAUAUACUGUGUUCAUUUAUUAAUUUAUUUAGUGAUAGCAUCACAAAAUGUGCUGCUCAAAAACACUAUUUUACUUAUCUAAUUAAAUCACACAGCACUUGAUCAAAGCACUUGCAUGUAGUCCCUCACCCACAAGCUUUGACGAUUGACGUGCGUCAGCAUGCCUCCUCCCGCCUUUUCGUUUGAAAAUAAACGGUCACCACCUGAACACCAUCAUCUCUUGUGUGUCGAAGAAUAUAAACUCUAUAUCAAGGAAAGAUACUGUAUAUAGCCUGAAUUUAACCCAGUUUUACAUCUGCUUUCGUAUAAUUGGAGAUUUUGGAAUUCAGGGAGGUUAAAGCCAAGAUUUAACAAGCCCAGAUUUAACAAACACCUGACGUGAUCUAGCAAUCGAAAGAUUGAAAAUUAUAACAUUUGCAGUUAGCUAGCAAAUUGUGCUAUAAAAUGUGGGGUAUACAAACAAUCACUUCUGACUCUCUUUAGCAGUGCCAGAGGAUGUUUAUUUAUUUAUUUAUCUAUCUAACACUAAACCUUUUUCUCUCUUAAGGCCUCACGAUAAUGAUAAUAAAAACUCAUAAGAAGUGACAUUUAGGACAAGAGGUGAAAAGUCGUUUAUUUAUUUAUUUUUCACAUUUAAUGUACAUUAUCGGUAUGCAUGGGGAAACAGACGGGUUUACUAUGCUUUUUUAAUACAUUUUCACUCAUCACUACAGUAUUAUGAUUUUUUAAAUUUAUUUAUUUAUUUAUUUUAUGACUGUUUUAUCCAACUAAUACUUUUUUUGCACAUUUGUUAAGCAAAUGUUAUAAAUCAGCCUUUAUGUUCAGGUGUUUGUGACCUUGCCUGAGGUGGUCACCUUUCCAUUGAAGAGCUUUACUGAAGUGUGUGCAGUUGAAGCUGUGAGUCUGACUUCCAGAAAAUUGUGGUAACCUGAAGCAGAACCCUUUGCUGCACACUGUCAGUAUGAAAGAGGUGGAUCCGGCCUUCAGUAAACCAUUUAGAAAAUUCAAGAGACAGAGAGGGCAACUGUGCCUUGAGAGCCCAGCAGGACCUGAAACGGAGGGCAGCACAGUCAGAUUUGAAGAAGGAACUAAUCCUGUAGCCACGCCUGAGACUCCCUGAGUGAUGCAUCACAGAUUGAGGAUGAGGGUUGCUUUAAAAGCUCAUCUGCUCCAUCCUCAGCCAGAACAACACACUCUGAGCCUUGAGUUAGACCCAGAGAGCCAAAAAUCUGAUAUACAGAGAUGAAUCUUCACACGUUUCUUUUUGUGGUGGGCUGCAGCUGUGCCCUUACAACAAAUGCCUUAGCAGAAGAAGAGAGUCCUGGAAGACAGUUCAUUCUUGAUUCAAUUGAGGAAGCCAAAAAAAUCGUAGAUGCUGCUUACAAGUAUUCCCGUGAUGAGAGUUUAGCAAGGGUGCGCAAGGAUGUCAUCAAGCCUUCCGACAAACUGCGUCUUAUGAAACAACCAGCUAGAAAAACCCGUGAGGCAGUGAGAGCUGCAGAUUACAUGGAGCAGACACUUAGACUGAUCAGUGAGAAGGCUCAUCAUGCACACAAGAGGUCCAUCAAUGCUACAAGUCUACUCACUCCAAACGAGCUUAACACCAUCAAGCGUCUGACAGGCUGUGCCGCUCAAACCCAGCCCCCAUCUUGUAGGACCACACCCCUCAUAAACAAGUAUCGAACUGCCUCCAAUGUCUGCAACAACAGGAAGAACCCACUCCUUGGUGCAUCCAACACCCCUUUCACUCGCUGGCUGCCUGCAAAGUAUGAGGAUAGCAUCUCACAGCCCAAAGGAUGGGACCCCAACACAUUGCACAACGGUGCAUUACUGCCCCUAGUCAGACUGGUUUCCAAUCGUAUUCUAAGCACUGCGGAUGCUGAUGUAGAGAAUGAUAAUGACUUCACCUUCAUGCUCACAAUCUUUGGACAGUGGGUUGACCAUGAUCUGACUCUUACGCCCACCUCACCAAGCAUUAGAUCCUUCAGCAAUGGCCUCAAAUGUGAUGAGAGCUGUGGACGCUCCGAACCCUGCUUCCCAAUUCCGAUCCCGAAGGAAGAUCCUCGUCUGAGUCCUGACACCUGUCUCCCCUUCUUCCGUUCAUCACCUGCUUGUGGUGCCGGGAACACUGCCUUUAUCUUUGGUGGUGUCCCCAAAGUUCGAGAACAGAUCAAUGCUCUAACAGCUUUUCUAGAUGCUGGGCAGGUUUAUGGGACAGAGGAUGGGCUGGCAAAGGAGCUGCGUGAUCUGACCAAUGAUGGUGGUCUGCUACGUGUCAACAAUCAGUUCCUUGAUAAUGGACAAGAGCACCUGCCCUUUACUAAUGUACAGAGCAAAAUUUGUGCCACACGUGGGAAAAUCCUCAAUGACACAAACUUGACAGAGGUGCCUUGCUUUAUUGCAGGGGAUGGUCGUGUUAUUGAGAACAUUGCUCUUACCUCAUUACAUGCUCUAUUUAUGAGGGAGCACAACCGAUUGGCUCGUGCCCUUCACAUACUCAACCCUAGUUGGAGUAGUGAAACCCUCUAUCAAGAGGCACGAAAGAUUGUGGGUGCCUACCAACAGAUACUGGUGAUUAGGGAAUACCUGCCACACAUUGUUGGCCCUGAUGCUUACAGUAAACACCUUGGCCAAUAUCCAGGGUAUGAUGAGAAUGUGGACCCUAGCAUUGCUAAUGUCUUUGCUACUGCAGCUUUCCGUUUUGCCCACCUGGCCAUCCAACCCAUCAUAUUUCGUCUCGAUGAAAAUUAUCAGAACCAUCCUCAAUUUCCAAGUGUGCCCCUCUUUGAGACCUUCUUUGCUCCUUGGAGGGUGAUCUUUGAGGGUGGCGUGGAUCCUCUGCUUCGAGGAUUGAUCGGUCGGCCAGCAAAACUUAACACACAGGAUCACAUGAUGGUGAAUGCUCUUAGAGAGAAGCUGUUUGCUUUUACAAGCCACAUUGCUUUGGACCUGGCUGCCCUCAACAUGCAAAGAAGUCGUGACCACGGUAUACCAGGCUAUAAUGCAUGGCGGCAGUUCUGUGGACUGUCCAUCCCUCAGAAUGAGCAAGAAUUGGCUGUGGUGAUGAACAACACUGAAUUAGCUCGCAGGCUGAUUGAGCUUUACAAAACCCCUGCAAACAUUGAUGUUUGGUUAGGAGGCGUCGCUGAGCCUUUUGUACCUGGUGGUCGUGUUGGUCCACUUUUUGCUUGCCUUAUCUCUAUGCAGUUCAAGCACAUUCGCCAGGGUGACAGGUUAUGGUGGGAGAACAAAGAAGUAUUCACAACCAAACAAAAAGCUUCACUUGCCUCUGUGUCUCUGGCCCGCAUCAUCUGUGACAACACAGGAAUUCGUAAUGUUCCCAGUGAUCCUUUCCGCUUCAGCAGUUCUGCAAGUUUCAAUAGCUGUGACAAUAUCCCAGCCUUUGACCUCACCCCUUGGAUUGAGACUGAUUCUGAUACCUUUCAAGGGCCUCCCGGACCCAGAGGACCUCCAGGGGAACAAGGUCCCCGAGGUCUAGAAGGCCCACCUGGACCUCCUGGACCACCUGUUAAUACCACAAGACAACAGUCUGCCUUCUUUGCUUCCCUUGGCACAAUCCUCCCGAUCUCUGCUAAAGUUGUUGUGUUCAAUAAAGUCCUUUACAAUGGCCAGAACCAUUAUAACCGAACAACAGGGUUGUUCUACUGCAAUAUACCUGGUGUAUAUGAAUUUCAGUUCUCAUGCAUAGGAACUAGAACGUUGGGCACUGUGACCUUAAAGAAAAACCAAAUUGUACAGCUAACUGCUGAAACAAUCAAUCUAAAUGUACGAACAUUAGCUGAAGGGCAGGUAGUUCUGACACUUCAGACAGGAGACUGUGUGUGGAUAGAGACUUCUAAGGGUGCAAAUGGAAUAACCAGUUCCAGCUACUUCUCUGGCCAUAUUCUCUUCGCUGAUUAAGGAAUCUAUUACAACACCAAUUCCGAAAAAGUUGGGAUUUGUGAUUUGUAAAUUAUAAUCACCCAUUGCUAUAUUGAAAGCUCAACAACUACACUUUAUAUGAUGUUUUACCCUGUGAUUUAUUAUUAUUAUUUUUUAAUGUACAGUAAUUUCAAAUCAGAUGAUUGCAACACACUCGUUUACCACUGUGAAUGCGCUUAAUGCGCCACACAUUCUCAAUUGGAGACAGGUCAGGACUGCAGGCAGGCCAAUCUAGAACCCACACUCUCUGUUUACACAGCCAUGCACUUGUAAUCCGGGCAGUAUGUGGUUUGAAAUUGUCCUGCUGGAAAAUGCAGGGACGUCCCUGGAAAAGACGGUGCUGGAUGGCAGUAUAUGAUGCUCCAAAAUUUUUACAAAUCAGUCUGCAUUAAUGGUGCCCCCCCCAGAUGUUAAAACAUCAUAUUAUAUGUAGUUGUGGUGCUUUCAAAAUAGCAAAGGGUGAAUAUAAUUUACAAAUCACUCCUUUUUGUUUUUAUUAGCAUUUUUCAUACUGUCUCAGCUUUUCGGAAUUGGGGUUGUAAAAUGUUGUUUUCAUUUUAUAUUCCGAUGCUUCUUAUUUAUAAAAACAGCAAGCAAAUGCUUUAUAUCCUGGUUUAAUCAACAUUCCACUGCUUGGAUACUCUGAGAUUAUUGCAUAAUAUUACAAUUAUUUUUUUUAAGUUGUUACAACUUUGAAUUCUUUGUUUAUUAGAAUAGCAAGGAAAAAGUAAAUUUCAGAAAAUAAAUGUAAUAACCAGAGUAAAAUCCUUUAAACUGAACAGUGGAAGCCUACAAAAUGCUAAUUAUAUAUUUAUUUUAAUAUGUGAUUGCAUAUGUGUUUUAUUGUUACCAAAGAUGUUACCUAUAUUUUUAUCAAAGUACUAAGCUGUAAUCAUUUAAAUCUUAGUAUAGAAGCAACAAAUUUAAGGGUUCAUUGAUACUUAUUGUUAAGUAUUUGUAGCAUUAUUUAAUGCUAAACUAUAGUCAUUAUUAUUUAGUAGCAUUUUUCUAACUUUACUAGCUAAUUUAUUUUAUGUAUGCUGGUUUUGUUGUCAUAUUGCAACAAAAUAUUUGUAGUCCAUUCUGUGACAACUUUUUUGUGUAUGCUUUUAACAAAGUGAAAUAAUAAACAAA